AUGGAGGGCAGGCCGACUGCGCCGGCGAGGGUGUCGAUGUUCCGGAGGCUGAUGGUGCGGGUGACCCCGGCCGAGCGCCUGGUCGGGGACGGCAAGGAGAGAGAGAAGGACGAGAAGCCGGCGGCAUCCGGCGGCGCCGGAGCGGAGGCGGAUGUCGGGUCGGUGGCGCUGGACAAGAUGGUGAUCAGCUUCAUGGAGGAGUCCUCCGCGGCCGUGGAGCGGCCGCCGCGCGGGCGAUGCAGCAGCUGCUUUAACGGCAACCAGGACGGCAGCGACGACGAGGACUUCGACUUCCUGCCCUCCGCCUCCGCCCCCGCCGCCGCGCCGGCCGCGGCCGGCGACGCCUUGGAGCUGCUCAAGGGCCUGGUGCAGUGCGCGAGCACGGCGGAGCGGAACCUCCUGGCGGACGCGUCGCGGAUCGCGGAGCGCUGCGGCAAGGGCUCCGGCUCCGGGCGGAAGACGGCGGACAUCCGCCGCGCCGUGGCGGACGGGCUCCGCGCGCUCGGGUACGACGCGGCGGUGUGCACGUCGCGGUGGGACAAGACCCCCUCCCACCCGGCCGGCGAGCACGAGUACAUCGACGCUGUGGUGGAGUCCGUGCCCGGCGCCCGGCUUGUGGUGGAGGUGGACUUCCGGUCGGAGUUCGAGGUGGCGCGGCCCACCAAGGCGUACCGCGCGGCGCUGCAGGCGCUGCCGCCUCUGUUCGUGGGCACUCCCGACCGGCUGGGCCGGAUCGUGGCCGUCGUGGCGGAGGCCGCGCGGCAGAGCCUCCGCAAGCGCGGGCUCCACUUCCCGCCGUGGCGCAAGCACGAGUACAUGCGGGCCAAGUGGCUGUCCCCGCACGCCCGCAGCAGCGGUAACGGCAGUAGCCCGGACAAGACGCCGGCGCCGGCGACGGCGCUCGCCACGCCGAUAUCCGCCGCCAACUUCUCCGGCGAGUUCGAGCUGCGGUUCGACGAGAAGCCGAAGGCGUCCGCCGCCGACAUUCCCGGCGGAGAAGAAGACGGGGCAGACAAGAAGAUCACGGUCGUGGUGUCGCCGACGCCGGAGGAGCCCGGGGCGGCUAGCAAGCUGGGGCUGAGCCCGCAGCCGCCGCAGGCCAAGAGGAAGGUGGUGACCGGGCUGGCGUCCCUGCUGCUGCUGGCCAGCUGA